GGGGCGGGUGCGGAAGUGGCGCGCGUGGCUGCAGGGGGUCCGAACCGCGCGUGGGGGACUCCGGGCGCCCCAUCUCCCCCACCGCGGACGGGCAGGGAGGGGGAGCAGCGCUCUGCGUUCCGCGUGGAGCUGCGGCUGCCCCCGGAGGACGGGAUGUGGAGGUGCCCCAUAGCGCAGCUGCGACCCUCGGCCGGGUAACGCGGGGUAACGCGCCCCUCCUGGCGUCCUCCCCAUAACCGUGCCGCCCGCCCCUGCUGCGGGGCUCUGGGAGCACUCAGUGGGUCACUGCAGGCGCUGCUCCGCCCGGUUUUCCUGCGGAAGGAUGGAGCUCCCCUGGUUGCGGCUCCUGGCCAAGCCCUGCCGCCUGCUGCUCCUCGCUCUCUCCUCCGGCCCCGCCGGGACGUUGGCCGCUCUCCGUGCGCUGCAGCGGCUGCAGGCCCAGGAAGGACCGGGGCACGCGUUCCCCUGGCGGAGCUUUGUGGGCGCGCUGUGCGCGGAGGAGCCCACGCUGGACGGGCCGGAUGGGGCUCUGGCUGUCAAACCACGGCUGCUGCUGCUCCCCGUCCUGUGCCAGAGGAACCUCUUCUCCCUACUGCAUGCAGUAGCAGCAGUGGUGCCCACAGACUGCCUCCGCCAGCUGCUCACUGCUGCAGGGCAGGACCCCCAGCCGGACCCCUGGGUGCACGCACUGGGGGUGCUGCUGCUGCGGGGAGAGGAGCGCUCCUCCCCACCUCCCCCUCCCCUGACGGCCUCCGGCCAGCAGCAGCUCAAGUGUCUGUGCCAGAAAAUUGCCCAGAGCGAAGCAGAGGGGAGGAGGAAACUGAAGUGGUGCUUCAGCAGGCAGGAUGGGGAUGCGGCUGGUUGUGUGCUUCCAUUGGGGAAGCGCAAGAAGGUGCUGGAGGAAAGCCUGGAGUUUAGUGAGGAGAGGGAGGGGAAGAGGCCACUGCUGGAGGAUGCGGUGUUUGAGCUGCAGGGAGGUCUGGAUGGCACAGCUGGGGUGGGAGAAGAGGUGCCUGGGGAGACAUCGGGGGAUGGAUCCGCACAGAGCCUGGCUGGGGCUGCCUUGGAAAGCCCCCAGCAGAAUGCAGACAAGGAGCCCAGCAGGAUUUCGAGGCCAGAGGUGGCAGUGGAGGUCCAGUCCUUUAUCCAGAUGCAUGGACCAAGGCUGAAAAUGUUGCUGUUGCAAGAAGCCAGCCACGCAGAGCCGAGCAUCCCACCUGAGCUGCACAUCCUCAACAGCUGCUCUCCAAGCCAGCUCGAGGGGCUGUGCUCCUUCCUCCAGCUCUCCACGUGCCCGGAGCAGCUCCUGGGGCGGUUCUGCAGCUGGUUGUUGGCUCUCACACCCGACCUCAGCUACACCAGCGCAGCUGUCCUGGCUGAGCAGCUCUUCCUCACACGAGUCCUGUCCCUCUCACAGCCGCCCUCCCGCCACCUCAUGGCUGCCCUCAUCUCGUUCUGCUCCAAAUACUCAGAGCCCUUCUGUCAGGUCCUGGUGGCUCCAGUCCUGCGGGAGCCGGGGCAAGGUGCUGAGCAGACCAAGCUGGUGUGUGAGCUCGUAGAGGAGUGCCUGGAGCCCGACUACGUGAGAAUGGUGUUGGGCCAGGUGCUGGCGGUCCCUCUGACCGAGAAGCUGCUGCCGGUGGUGCUGGCGGUGCUGGGCAGGCAGGAGCCGCUGCCCUCCGAGCUCUUUGACCUCCUGGUGCUCACCCUGUGCCGGCAGGCCCCAGCCUUUGCCACCUCGCUGAGCUACGCCAAGCUGGUGACGGCCGUGCUGACCACGUACAGCAGCCAGCUCAGCCCGUCCCACCGCAGCCGUCUGGCGGCAGCUCUGGAUGGCAGCAAUGCAGCCCUGAGGAGAUCUCUGCAGGCGGCGCUGGGCAGGUGAGCAGUGAGGGAACGGUUGGAGGCUUCCAUGGAUGGAGGAGAGGAUGGCUGUAUGUCCCGUGCCAGCACAACAGGGACCCAACGUGUGGCCAUAAAAGCCAGGCUUGUUUUUUAAUGGGCUGUGGCUGUGCAGUGCUGUCCCAGUGGAUGCUCUGAGCUGUGCAGAUAACGAUUUCCUCAGAUAAAAGUUAAUUUUUCCAGCUUC